AUGCCGUCUGCGUUGGAAGAUGAGCUGUUUCCGUCGACGCCAGGCAAGUUCAAGAUCGAGCGGAGCCACGGCAUGAACCGCCAGUUCCACCGGUGCUUCGCCUCCACCAGCACCAUGUUCCUGUGGGCCCUGUUCCUGAUCGCCUUGACGGCGUCGUAUUUGAGUUUCCAGAGCUUCGUCGACUCCGGUAGCCGGUACUUCUCCGCCUCCUGGGGCGGCAUCCAGUGGGAGAAGCAGGUCCGCAACUCCGCACAGAUCCACCGAUCCGGUGGCAUGUCCGUACUGGUCACCGGCGCCGCCGGUUUCGUUGGCACCCACGUCUCGCUGGCGCUCAAGAAGCGCGGAGACGGGGUCGUCGGGAUCGACAACUUCAACAGCUACUACGACCCGUCGUUGAAAAAGGCCCGCCGCUCGCUGCUCAAGAGCCACGGCGUCUUCAUCGUGGAAGGCGACAUAAACGACAAUCGUCUCCUCGACAAGCUCUUCGACACCGUGGCAUUUACGCACGUGAUGCAUUUGGCAGCUCAAGCCGGCGUCAGGUACGCCAUGGAGAACCCCCACUCGUACGUCCACAGCAACAUCGCCGGCCUCGUUACGCUUCUCGAGGUCUGCAAAACGGCCAAUCCCCAGCCAUCGAUCGUCUGGGCCUCGUCCAGCUCCGUCUACGGCCUGAACGACAACGUUCCAUUCUCCGAAUCUGACCGCACCGACCAGCCCGCUAGCCUCUACGCCGCCACAAAGAAAGCCGGCGAGGAAAUUACCCACACUUACAACCAUAUUUACGGCCUGUCAGUUACCGGUUUGAGAUUUUUUACGGUUUACGGGCCGUGGGGCCGACCCGACAUGGCGUAUUUCUCUUUUACCCGCAACAUCCUCCAAGGCAAGCCCAUCACCAUUUACCGGGGCAAGAACCGGGUCGACUUGGCCCGCGAUUUCACGUACAUUGACGAUAUUGUGAAGGGUUGUUUGGGGUCUUUGGAUACGUCCGGGAAGAGUACCGGGUCGGGCGGGAAGAAACGGGGCCCCGCACCGUACCGGAUCUUUAAUCUGGGGAACACGUCACCGGUGACCGUGCCGACACUUGUCAGCAUCCUGGAGCGGCAUUUGAAGAUGAAGGCGAAGAAGAAUUUCGUGGACAUGCCUGGAAACGGCGACGUUCCGUUCACGCACGCGAAUAUAAGCUUGGCCCGGAGGGAAUUCGGGUACAAGCCCACAACCGAUUUGCAGACCGGGUUGAAGAAGUUUGUUAGGUGGUAUCUUUCUUAUUACGGCUACAAUCAUGGCAAGCCUGUAAAUUAA